GCAAGUUCAUAACUAAAAAAAAAAUUCGCUGCUAUGUAUUUGAUUAUUGUGAGUUUGAUUGCCGUUUUGUUCAUUGUCGGCUAUCACAUUGAUUCGUAUACAAAACAUUUGCGAAAAGCUUGUAAACAUAUUCCGGGGCCCUUUAGUAUACCCGUGCUUGGCUGUGUGGGUGAGGCGUUGACUAUAACACCAAAAAAAUUCCUAAAACGAACCUUCGAAAACAACAUCAAAUAUGGAACCUUACAUAAGGCAUGGUCCCUAAACCAUUUCUGUGUGUUUAGUUCGAAUGCUGAAUUUAAUGAACAAUUGCUUGCCAGUUCCAGAACUAUCACAAAAGAUAAGUUGUACGAUAUGUUAAAGCCAUGGCUGGGAACCGGUCUACUAAUAAGUAGCGGUGAUAAAUGGCAUGCACGUCGCAAGAUAAUCACACCCACAUUCCAUUUUACAAUAUUGGAGAAAUUUCUAGAAAUUUUUGAGCAACAAUCAACCAUAUUGGUGGAAAAUUUAAGUGCGAAAGCAGAUGGAAAGACGCCUUUUAAUAUGGCACCCUACAUAUCUGCGGCAACUUUGGACAUUAUAGCAGAAACAGCCAUGGGAGUAAAGGUGAAUGCACAAAUCGACAAAAAUGUGCCAUAUUCCUCAGCAGUGGAAGAAAUAAUCAAGCUGAUGACUUGGCGCUUUCUGAAUAUACACUUGCACAGCGAUUUGGUAUUCUCCAUUCUCCAUCCAUUCAAAAAACUACGGCAGACCAAAAUCAUCAAACUAAUGCACAACUUUACCCGAGGUGUCAUAGAAAACAGGCGCAAAACAUUAGAAAAUAGUUUCAGUGGCCAGGUUUCAGUUGCCAGCGAAAGUGAGGUAGACGAUGUUGGGUCCAAAAAACACAAAGCCCUAUUCGAUGUAUUGCUACAGUCGUCCAUAGAAGGCCAGCCCUUGACAGAUGAGGACAUUCGUGAGGAGGUGGAUACAUUCAUGUUCGAGGGUCAUGAGACCACUUCAACGGCCCUUGGCUUUACCUUGCAUUUGUUGGCUCAACACCCCAAGGUUCAACAGAAAGUUGUUGAUGAACUAAAUCAAAUUUAUGGAGAAAAUAAUCCUCUGGACUUUACUUUAAGGAAUCUAAACGAACUGAAGUAUAUGGAACAUGUUAUCAAGGAGUCAAUGCGUUUAUACCCUCCGGUACCACUAAUAGGACGUGAAAUCACCGAAGAUUUCAAAUACACUCAUUCUAGUGUUGGCAAUGGUGUGCUGCCAGCUGGCACCCAAGUUAUCAUAUCCAUUUUCAAUUCCAUGAGAGAAUCCCAACUAUUUGAGAACCCUUCGGAGUUUAUACCAGAACGCCAUGAAUCCACAAACACAGGCAGUGCUUACUCCUUCAUACCAUUUAGUGCAGGCCCUCGCAAUUGCAUUGGCCAAAAAUUUGCCAUGUAUGAAAUGAAGGUUGUAAUUAGCAAAAUUAUUCGUCAAUAUGAAUUGCUGCCUUUGGGACCCGAUGUGAGACCCUUACUUGGCAUAGUUAUGCGUUCUGAGACUGGAAUGCAUUUGGGACUUCAAAUGAGAAAGUGAUCUCACAUCAUUCGGUAUUAGUUUUAAGUAUAAAUUCUCAAUAAUACUAACUAUUGGGUUGCCCAAAAAGUAAUUGCGGAUUUUUCAUAUAGUCGGCGUUGACAAAUUUUUUUAACGGCUUGUGACUCUGUAAUUGCAUUCUUUAGUAUAAAAAAAGUAUAUUUGAUUA